GAAUUUGUUCCCUCCCCCCUAGGCUUUGGUGCAGUUCGUUUUGAGUUUUUGUUCAGCAUCUGUUUUGCCCAAACUCUCGAAAAAAAUUGAAUUAUUUGGUUUCUUGUGUGUACAUUUAUAUUGGACGUAAUGGCUAUUAUCAUAGGUGUUGUAUUGCUAGUAUUCAAUGUAAUAGAAUCGGUUAGAAAGUGUUAGUUGCAAAUUGCGAAGUGUUUUCACACAAUGGAUAACAUACCAAGGAAGCCCCAAAAUUGGAUGCAUAGCUUUAAUAUUAGCGAAACCCGAAAGUAUAAGGGAUACACUAUCUAUAAGAUUACAUCCAUCGUUUUUCCUCGCUACCUGCCGGAAGCCCUGACUAGUGUGACACUUUGGAAACGGUUUAGCGAUGUUAAAAAGUUGUACAAAGAGUUGGCCCGCAAGCACCGCGAGCGUCAUCUUCCCGGACAGAUACCGACUCUGACGGAGAAGACCUACUUCAAGCGCUUCGAUGCGCGUGUUAUUGAAGAAAGGAAAAACUACAUCCUCGAGCUGUUGGAUUUUGCUGGCAAAGAGCCGGUUCUGUUUCAGUCCUACGCUUUUGUGAAGUUUUUCCAACAGGGCAUUUCGCCGGAGGGAUCUCCGUCGAAGGGUGGAAACAUUGCGGCAAUUUGCGAAGACUUGGCGAUUCCGAUACCGAAAGAGAUUCAGUUGAUAGAUCCUAGUAGGGACGAGAGUGAUGACAGUGGUCCGGAGGGUGAAGAUGUCGGGGACGUUGCUGAUGUUCGAACUGAAUCUCGUCACUCGGAGAAUGCAUCUUUGAAAAACUCUACACUUUCUCGGACGAGCAGUGAGGAAUCCGAGGAAGUGGUCGAUGGAGAGGUGAAAUGUAUGGAGCCCGAAGCUCCCACGGAGGAAGAUUCUUCUGUUGAUUAUAUUGUGCAAGCGGCGAUAGUGUUCAGUCGGGCGGUCCAAGCGGAAGCUAAUGGGAACUAUAAAGUCGCUUUUGAUGAGUACAAGGCUGGCAUUGAUGAGUUACUUUCAGGUGCAAAAGGGGAUACAAAUGUGACUCGAAAACAAAUGGCUAAAGAGAAGGCCUGUAAGUACGUUAUUCGUGCGGAAGAAAUUUAUGAACGGUAUCUGCUGCAUUGGGAGGACGGCGAAAGUCUUCAGUUGAGUCCGAUAGCGUUGAACGAUCCCACAUCUCCCAUUCAGCUGCUAGAGAGACCGCUAAACUAUUUGUCCCGUUACAAAGUGGUGAGUGUUAUUGCGGGACGUGUAAUGCAGGUGCAGGACGUUACAGAUAAGAAAUUUUACAUUAUGAAAGGUAUACGAAAGCCACCUGGUGGUUUUUCGCAAGCAAUGUUUCUACCACAAGAUGUUCCAUAUAUGGUUCCGCUGGCGGCAUAUUUUCAAUCGGAAUCAAGUGUUUUUCUGCUGCUUAAAUUAAUAUGUGGCGGUAAACUGUGGGAUUAUAUCUCUAGUUAUAGGAAGUCGAAAGAUCUGAUUGUCGAAGAUGAAGUAGAGAACAAUGAAGAUCAGCGCAAUUGCCCCGAGCAGGAAGCUAAAACCUUGGAAUCUUCUAAUGGAUCUGAUUCCAGUCAAGCCGCUGGUUAUGAUUCUGGGUUUAUUGAACUCAUAAAUGAUUACAGCAGUAGACAUACGACGAUGGGUCACGAAGAAACUACUGUUAGGAAGACUGACCGAAUGGUGGACGAAGUGGCGGAGAACGCCCUAGAGUCGAUUGAUGAGGUGGACCGGGCUGAACCGGAAGGGGAAGAAUUCGCUCCGUCGUUCGACGUUCUGUCAAAAGAUAUGGAUGUUAGUGACCUGGUGAACUGCAGCCAACAGUUGCUGAAAGCGGUUUCCCAUACACUAGAACAAGUUCAGACUCAACCUACGGAGCUGUUGGAGAUUUCCAACAACACAGAAAAUCUUAAGGUAUCAAAUACAAAGAUUCUGAGACGUCCUCGGAUCGAUACUAGUCAAUUAGAAUUAAGGAAUGAUGAUACCGAUGGACGCGAGGCAGAUCCUUUACCGGAGGGUUGCGUUAAACGAUGGAUAAGCGAACUAAUUAUCGCAGUUGAUGCACUUCAUUUCAACGGAAUUAUUUGCGGGGACCUAACAAUGGACAAUCUGCUGCUAGGAUCGGAAGGCCAACUCAUGCUGACGUACUUCUAUCGUAAGGAAAAGUUUCCGAACGCUACCACCCUGACAACAAUGCUGCGACAGGAUGCGGUUCAGCGGUUGUACGUCGCACCAGAGAGACCGCUGCAGGCAAAAUCUGACUUUUGGUCUGUAGGUGUGAUUCUAUUCGAGAUGCUCACUCGAAAGAGCUUCCAGUCGUGUCAUCCGGCUGGGGUUUUUUGCUACCAUGAGAUCCAGUACCCGGAGCAAGUCGCCGUGUCGGAAGAAGCCAAGGAACUGCUUGAUGGGUUACUGCAACCAUUGCCGGAGAACCGUUUUGACUUUAAAGAAAUUAUCGCAAGUGCAUUUUUCCAUACGAUCGAUUGGAGCGAUGUUAAGCGGCUGGGUCACGUUUGAACAACAGCGAAAUAGAAUAUAAAAAGUACUAUACUAGACUAUCACAAUAAAGAUUCGGUGCAAAUUACUGUAGUUAAAUGUUUAGUCAGUUUAAAUAGUAGUAAGCAUAUAUUAUUCGAAAACAACAAGGUAUUAUUGUAGUGUCGAGCAGUUUUUCAUGCGAAAUCGGAUGAAAUAAAUGUUUAUACAAA